AUGAAAACGGCAGAACCUGUCCUAACUGCUUUGCGGUCUACUGCAACUGCAAAUCCUCCCUUCUCCUGGAGACCUCAGACUGAACACCGAAACGGGGUCGGGUUCCCCCGCAUACUCCCCACCCCCGCGGGCUGCGCACCUUCCCGGGUCCUCAAGGUCAAAGGAAACUGGACACCUGCGUCCUCGAGCUCCGGGUCUGCGUUUGAAGCCAGCAGUAGCGGCCGGGCCCAAAGGCGGCGUGCCUCUGCGAGCCAAGUGCCCACGACCCCUCAACCCCCGGGUCCACGGGGCGUCCUGAGGCUGGCCGGGCCGGGGCAGGCAGGACGCGGCAGACUCACGCGGAGUCCUGGCAGGAGCGCAGGCUGGGCAGAGGCGUUCGCCGCGCCCCUACUUCACGAGUGCGCGCCAGGAAGCAACAGAGUGGGCGCCAGGCGGGGGCACAGCACGCCCGACAGGGGCGCAGUUACCUGCAAGUCAAGGCAGCUCCUCCCCCCCGUCGAUCCCUCCCCGCGGCCUUGCGGACGGGGCCUCCAGGCCCCGCCCUGCCUUGCCCCGCCCCUUCCGUCAGCGCCGCCGCGGCGAGAGCGGGCCGGGCGGGGCGCACGGGAGCGGCGGCGGCGGCGCAGCGACCCCUGCUGGAGGUCGCUCUUCGGCGGACUGCGCGGAGAACAGGCCGGGCAGAGUGGAGCCGAGGAGGCAGCGCCGCGUGUUUAUUUUCACGUGGCCCGAAAAGAGAGCUUAUCUUAAUGUAGUGUCUUUGGAUUUUCUGCGGUCACAAACCCCUUUGAACAUCUUUGAGAGCUAUAACGUUGUCUCCAGAAAAAUAAACACCCAAUUCUUGGGGCACCUGGCUGGCUCAGUCGGUAGGGCAUGUGACUCUUGAGAUCUCAAGGUGGUGAGUUCAAGCCCAGCUUUGGGUGUGGAGCCUACUUAAACAAAGAAAAAAAAAAAAGAAAAGAAAAGAAGAGAAAAGAAAAAAGAAGAAAAGAAACAUCCUAUUCUUUUCCCAUCUGGGCAAGAGCUCCCGCUGUAGUGCUUUACAGGGAUGGUAGUUUUCACGAGGUUAGACCAUGGGGUGGAUUAGGUUCCCAUUAGUCAACAGUGAUACACUACUUCAAAUCACAAAGGAGAAUUUUAAUUUAGCUCCAAUACUUAAUCUUACAUAAAGAGAUGAGUAAAUCAGGUGGCGCCUUUGGUUGGGGCCUGUAGAUGAAUUUAAAGUUAUUUUUUGAAGUUAUUUUUUUAAUGCAGGAGGAGCAGCCUCACUCUAAACAUUGUUAUUAUGGGCUGGAUUUUCUUAUAACUUCUCUUCCAAUUUAUUUACUGCUUAUUUAUUUGUUUAAGUUGAGACAAAUGAGCUGGAGCAGAAAGUCUCCUUUCCACUGCCUCACCUUGCAUAUCCCAAACCUCAAGGUUAAUCACCAAAUAUAUUUUAAGAACAAUCCAUUACGUGGGGCGCCUGGGUGGCUCAGUCAGUUAAGUGUCCAACUCUUGAGUUUGGCUCAGGUUGUGAUCUCAUGGUGAGAUGGAGCCCCGGGUUGGGUUGGGCUCUGCGCUGACAGUGCUCUCUCUCCCACUCUCUCUUCUUCUCCCCUACCCUCAAAUAAAUAAAUAAAACUUUAAAAAAAAACUUUCUAAAAACAAAAAAAGGGAACAAUCCAUUACAAAGUCCCGCCCCUUCACUCUGCACCUUCUUGAGGAGCUCAUUCUUUAGGCUCUGCUUUUUCCUGAAUCAUCAACCUUUCUCACUCUUCCAGACCAUAAUCCUGUCUACAUGCAAACAAUACACACAAGUCACAAGUUCUUAUCUCACAUACAUGAGAUAUAUGACAUUUUUUUAUUUUAGAAAUUAAUAGAUACAAUGAUACUUUUUUUCACUUCAUUUUAUUUUCAAGAUUCAUCCCAUGUUUAUACAUACUUUUGGGCUUCUUCAUACCAUUCAUAUAUAAAUUAUUCACAGUUUAUUUGUUUCCUUCCUAAAGAACAAUUAGCUUCUGUCAAACACUGCAGCCAUGGGCACUUCUGGGGGUAGGGAGUAUAUCACUGUGUGAAAGUUUCUCUGGGGUGUUUACUUAGAAUAGGAAUCUCUGGGACCUAGUGUAAGUGUGUUUUUCUUCAGUCUUACUAAAAAUGGCCUAGUUUACAUUCACAUUACUAAUUUACAUUUGCACAAGCUCAUGAAAGCCGUAUUUCCCCCCAUUCUUCUUAAUAGUUCAUAUUAUCAGAUUUUUAAAUAUUGUCAGUUGUAUGGAUGGAAAAUACACCUUGUUUUAAUUUUAAACUUUCCCUGAUGGUAGUGAGAUUGAGUAUCUUUUUAUAUAUUUGUUGACUAUUCAGAUUUUUCUCUUCUUUAUUUUUUUAUUUUUUACAUUUAUCUAUUUUUGAGAGAGAGAGAGAGCACACGUGCACUCCUGCACAAGUUGGGGAGGGGGAGAGAGAGAAGGAGAUAUAGAAUCCAAAGCAGUCUCCAGGCUCUAAGCCAUCAGCCAGAGCCUGACACAGAGCUGGAACCCACAAACCGCGAGAUCAUGACCUGAGCUGAAGUCAGACGCUCAACCUACUGAGCCACCCAGGCACCCCAGAUUUUUCUCUUCUUUAAUUUGCCAGUUUAAUCAUGCUCCCAAUUUGCGUUUAUGAUGGAUGCCCUUGCAUUCUUAUAACAUAGUUUAAAAAAAAAUCACAUGCACGUUUCCCUAAAUAAUAUAUUGACUUAUUUUGUUCUUGAAAUGUGUAUAAAUGAUGUCAUGUUAUAGGUCAUAUCGAUGAUGACUGUAAGUCAUCAGUACAGUUUCUGUUGAUAACUCAUGCUUUCACUCAAAGAUAGAGUUCUAAGAUUCACUUAUCUGUAGCUGGUGAGUUAUAGUUCAUCUAUUUCUUUUACUGCUCAUAAUAUUCCAUAGUGUAGCAUACAUAAUUUAUUGUUUUUUUCUUUCAGAAGAAAAAUGAUUUUAUUUUUUUAACGAUUUUAUUUUUUUGCCAAUAUGUAUACUUUUACAGUCUUUUGUACAAUUUUAUUUUCUCCCUUCAAUCAUAAUAUGAUAUCCAAAUUUUGUUUUAAUCGGAGGGUCCAUAAACACAGGCUUAUCCGGCCCACUUUCAGGCAAGGCAAAUACUGCUUCUUGAAAUGGUUCCACCAUGGAACCUCUGGUCAUCCAACCCGUGUCACCCCCCUGCUUGGCUUUAUCUCAACGAUACUGUGCAGCCACUUCACUGAAUCUCUUUCCAGACUUUAAUUUUUCCUCGACUUCCAUGAUUUUGCAUGUUUUUCAUAUAGAACGUGUCUGAUCUUUACUGCACUGCCACCACCUUUGGGACCCUGAGCCUUCUUGUCAGAAUGGCCACUCCCAGAGGCUGCUUCCCCUCCCCACCUUUCCCGGAACCACUUUU